CUGUAAUCAGUUUCCUUGGGACUUGGGAGGUUGCAAAAUAGACUCAAAGUCUCAUCCUCAUUCAUGUUUGUGUUUUGACAUUUUUUCCCCGAAAUCCUCUCAGUUUCCUCAUUUGUCCAAUGGUUCCGUCCUUUUUCCGUUGUUCUCGUCUUGCCUGAGAGCGAGGCCCUCGCGGCCUGUAAAAUGUGACAUUCGCAGCAAGGCGUUGAUGAGGACAGCCUCCCUCGUGAUGGUGCCGUCAGAGGAAAGUCCUGAGGACCGCGCUUCGGAACGGGCCAGGCUUCAGCAACAGCUCCUGGCAGCGGUCAAAAAUUGCCAGAAGAGGUUCGGAGGCAGGACCGAGCUGGCGACUGAGUUGGACCCCUAUGUCAGCUCUUUGUGCUCUACAUGGGAGCAGGUCCUCUCUCAUGGUCUUAAGAACAUCGAUAAGAAGUCAUCAGCCAUCAGGCAAGUGACUGACCUAAUGAGAGGAAGCACUACGAAGAUCACAGUUUGGGACGUCGUUCAAGGACUGCUUACAAGCCAUGAAAGGGAGAGGUACGAAUUGCUGCACCAGGUCUGGACGGACAGGGGCAGGUACAGGGCGUGGAUUAGGUCAGCGAUAAACGAGAGGUCCCUGGAAAGGUACAUGAAGGCUUUCAUCGCCAGCCCCUCUCUCAAAACAUAUUAUGAGGAGUGGGCAUUCGUCUGUGAUCAGGAAUUGAACAGCAUCCUCCUAAAUAAGGCUGCGGGUCUGAGCUCAAUUUUAUUUGCACUCAGCAUCGAUAAGCCUGAAUUGAACCAUAUAAGCUGCUCUGAUCCUUAUGAAAACAGUGCUGUCUCCAUUAAUGAGAAAGUACUUGAAGAACCACCCCCUGCUGUUAAAAAACGGAAAGACGGUAAAAAAGCACCUUCACAAAUUAUCUCGUUUGGAGAUGAAGAGGUGUUAACUGACCCUGUUUCAAACGAAACUCAGAUAACUACUUUCAUUCCUUCAUCCGUCGUCAGUGACUUACCUUCUGUCGAUUGUGAGAUCCCAGGUCUGGGGGAAAUCGAAUGUGCCGAAGAAGCUACAGGGGCUCUCUGUGAUUUAGAUCUUUCAAAUUCAAAUAGUGAUAAUGAAGUUAAAUACGACGAUUCGUCCACAUCACAAUCGAGUUCUGGUCUACGGCCUGUUAAUAAUGCAAAUAUUGGAGAAUUGAUACCAGUGAGGCCAUUAGAGGAAGCACCGUCAUCGGAAGACUCAAUAUCGGUACCUAGCUUUUCUGAAGAAGCGGAGUCAACUGGCUCUGCACUAGGUAACAUAGAGAUAGGGAAUACAAAUGAGAAAGAGAAGGAUGACAUUGAGAGUCUACAAGCUAAACUGGACCAAUGUCAGGAAGCAAACAUUUUAUUAAACGCCCAACUCUCUCAACUCAGUGCUCAACAUCUUUAUAAAGAAAAUCAGCUUGAGACGAGAAUUCAAGAGCUCAACAGGGAAAAUGAACUUUUAAAAAAUCAAUUGAGGAAAUAUGUAAGUGCUGUGCAGAUGUUAAAACAAGAUGGACAGGAUUUUCAAGGAGAAGAACUUUAUCAACAGAAACUUGUUCAGGUUGCAGAAAUGCAUGGAGAACUUAUGGAGCUUAAUGAUAGAGUUCAAAGGAACAUAGUAACUAAGGAAUUGAUGAUAAGACGGUUGUACCUUGAACUUGAGGCCUUGAGAGGCCCGCUAGGUCCGACGGAAAUCGAUGUCAGCACACAUAUUAUCAGCCUCUGGAUCCCUUCUGUUUUUCUCAAAGGCUCACCAAAACCACAUCAUGUUUACCAGAUUCACUUGAGGAUAGGUCAGGACGAAUGGAACGUGUACAGGAGGUAUUCUCAAUUUUACACCCUCCACACUACGACAAAGAAGCAAUACCCGAUCAUAUCUGCUUUCCAGUUUCCUCCGAAAAAGACCCUAGGGAAUAAAGAUGCUAAAUUUGUUGAGGAAAGAAGGUUGAAGCUUCAACAGUAUUUAAGGCGAUUGCUCAAUCACAUCAUUGCCAACAAUCCACAACUUUCGAGUUGCCCGAGCAAAACCAUUCUCAUCAGUACGACACCGUUUUUUGGGUAAGAAAACGAACCAACUGAGUCACCUGUACCAAGAAGUAGCGCAAGACCUGCUUUACCUCGACCUUCGAACAGCCCCCAAUACACGGGUCUUUGAUGGAAAAUUGAUUGCUUUAUUGGAUGGUUCUAUUACAUAUAAUAUACGUAAGAAACAUAACCCUUCAAUAAGCAAAAUGAUCAUAGUGGCCUAUUGCUCAAAUUUAAAUAACAAAUUAGGAUAUUUUAGUUUAGUUUAAAAAUACACACACAUUCACUCACAAGAAAAAGACAAUGAAUAAACACAGACACAAGCCAAUACACAACAAACACCGUACCACACAUGCAAGAAUGCACUAGAGAUAAAUUGUAUAUACAUUUAUUCUUAAGGACCAAACAAAUACUUGUGAUACCAGCAUUCAUUUUAUUGGAAUAAGCUUGUAUCUAGUGAUUAGAUAUGUUAAAUGACUUUGACCAGACCAACCUAGUCAAGUGUCCAUUAUUAUAUACAGUUGUCUAGCUUGAAAAAAAAAAUCCUUUCAAGUAAUCAGUAAUAAUUAUACAAUGAUUUAUUAUAGAAGCUGCCUAUAAAUAAUAACAGCAUUUAAGGUUAUGUACAAAGUGCCUAGGUGUGAUAUUACUAUAAAAAAAUUAUUAUUUCAAUUUCCUUAUGUAAUAUAUUUUUUGUAUAAUCAAAAU